UCGAGCGUCCUUGUGUUGUCGGCCAUCGCAAGUUUUCCUUCAGUUUGAAGUUUUCUUUUUGAUUUUUUGGGUGAUCGUGGAUUCGGAUUGCUAAGCCCAGCUUACUGGGGUCUUAGGACCGUACAUCAAGAUUUGCUAUGGCACAGUCUUCAGAGGAACCUCCAUUCUUAACCGUAGGCACUGAUGUCAGUGCCAAGUAUCGAGGAGCCUUUUGUGAAGCCAACGUGAAGGUCGUGAAGAAGCUUGUCAAAUGCAAGAUUACCUUCGCCAAAACAAACACUUCCUUCACGAUUAAUGAUGAUUGCGUUAAAGGUCCUUUGAAGGUAGGAGCAGUUGUAGAGGCCAAAAAUCCCGAUGGACAGUACAUGGAAGGGAUGAUAACCAAACUCACCGAUGCCAGCAUAUAUACUGUUGUUUUUGAUGAUGGUGAUGAAAGAACGUUGAGAAGGACUUCUCUGUGUUUGAAAGGAGAACGACAUUUUAACGAAAGCGAGACUCUUGAUCAUCUUCCCCUUACGGAUCCAGAGAAUUUUGGUACCCCAGUAGUACAGGAUGGAAAGAAAAGGAAAAAAAGAAGACUAAGUCAAGCAGCAAGCAUGGAUGACUCUGAAACUGAACGAGAAGAACAGCCACUUGCUUCUGCAAAGAAGAAAUGUUUAUUUGAUGACAGUAUUGUUGGCAAGCUGGUAGUUGUGCAAAGUGGGUCAAAGCGAAGAAGCAUGUGGUUUCCAGCUUUGGGUGUUAAUCCAAGCAAGAAUGAGGUGGAUUUGAUAAAGUCAAAAGAUAAAUGUCUUGUACGCUCUUUCAAAGAUGGAAAGUAUCAUGUCAUAAAUGUCAAAGAUGCCAGAGAAUUUUCAAAGGAUCAAGAUCCAAUUCAUGGUGUUGUGAGAGGUGAAAACAGAAAACUGAAAGCAGCUGUGGAAAGAGCACUGACAUAUUUGGACACUGGAAGAAUUCCAGCAAUCUGGGAGGAGAAUUCUUGUGAUGUAAUAGUUCAUGGAGACAGCGAGGAGGAAACAAAAAGGGUGCAAUCUUCAGAGGAUGAAAGCAGUGUGGAGGAUGAUGAAGAGAGGAAAACAUUCAGACAAAGGCUAUUUGCAUUCAUGGAAGAAAAGGGAACACCUAUAACUAGACCCCCAGUGUUGGGAAAUCAAGAUUUGGACCUCUACAAACUUUAUAAGAUAGUUCAAGAACAUGGAGGCAUGGAGAAGGUUUCCAAUGAGCACAACCUUUGGAGGACAAUUUAUCGGCAAAUGGACAUUCCAGUUGUUCCACCAAGUGCAUCACACCACAUUAAAAUGUCAUAUAAGAAAUACCUUUAUCCCUUUGAGCAGUAUGAAAAAGAAAUGCUAAAGUCAUUUCAGAAAGAUAGUGUUGGUGAUAGGAGCAGUAAAGAUUCCAAAACUGAAAGUCCGGCAAGUUCCCCAGAGAGCAGCGAUGAAAAACAUUUGGAAUGUCUAGAGCCUUUGCCAGAAAUGGAUGAUGAUGAAGGAGACUUAAAGAAGGUGGAAUGUAAACAAAGCACCAGGAUUAGAGAAAUGAAGCGACAGCAGAGUAGAGAGCAUGACAAUGGUUUGGUAAGUGACUCACAAGCCAAAAGCCCAGAGGAAGAUGUUUCAGUUGAUGUUGUAAACAGUCCUGAGUCAUCAUCUGAUGUUAGUGAACCACAGUCUGACAGCAAAUCUGAUAUACCUUUGGAUGAGGUAUCCUUAGAAGUUGGAGAUAAAGUGCAAGUUAAGUAUGGGAGAGGAAGAAAUCACAGACACUAUGAUGCUAAGAUCAUCCACAUUGACCCCAAAGCUGAAGAAGGUGCAAUUUACUGCAUUCAUUAUGCUGGUUGGAAUACUAGGUAUGAUGAAUGGAUUAAGCCUGAGAAGAUAGUGGGAUGGGGCACAAGACAGACCAGGAAUAGGAGUGGCAGUUCAAGCAAGGGGCAAGAAUCUACUGGAAAAUCCACCCCAAAGCCAAUGACAAGACCCACUGCUAAACCUGUUGGUAGAAGGUCAUCAAAACCAGGAGCUGCAUCAGCCAAGGAAACACCAGCCAAGUACUCAGCAGCAUCUAAUGGUACCAAGAGUACACUGAAGAGACCUUGUUCACCCUCCACAAGGUCUGGAUCACUUUCGCCGUCACUUGGAAAGUCUCCUAAAACCAGUAGGGGAACAAGCCGUACACGGUCAGAAAGGAAUUCAUUGUCAGAGAUAUCAAAUGGACUAGAUGAAGUGAAAAGUCCAUUGUCAAGAAGAAGGCAAAAGUCAAGCACACCAGAACCCUCUUCAACUGAACAACAGAGCAAAACUGCAGAUGUAUCCAAUCAAGUUCAGCCAAUCCCUGAAACAAUACCCGAAGAAACAGAAAACAGAUCUCUGGAGGAAAAGGAUACUGCUGUUACCAAUAAUGAAUCUAUGGUUGAUCCAAAAAUGGACACCGUUUGUUUCGAAAAUGGAGUGCCAAGUGAAAUGCAGUCUAAUGCAGAACAAGAAUCUGAGCACAUCUCCAGUAAUUCUAAUGGGAGAAGGAAAGACAAAAAUAAAAGAACUAUAAAUGGUUUAAUAAAAGGUGUUUCAUCUCUCGAAAGAGUGAACAAAGACUCCAAAGACGAAACAGAAACAGUGACUGAAGCUAAGAAGAUAAAACUAGAAAAUGAGAAAAACUCACAAAGCAAAGAGGUGGAAGACACCUUGAGGGUUGACACUUUAGCAAAGAUGCCAAAUGUUCCUCCUCAAACACAGGGUACUGCGACUACAAUGGAAACAGUUUCGGAGUCUUCCUCAGAGGACAUAAAGCAAGAGUGCACCAAUGAAUCUGCCUCUUCGGAGUCCAGUCACUUUGAUGAUGUUAGGACAUUUGAUGGGCCAGUUGAUCAUUCUCUACACAGAGAUACAAAUGAAAAGGCUCAUGAACUUAACAGUAAGGAAAAAGAAAUUAAAUCUGAAAAGAAAAAUUCUGAACAACAUCACAGGAAACAUAAAAAAAGGAAGGAAAGGAAGAAAAAUCGGCAUGCAUCUGGUAAUGACAGCACAGGAAGUGAUGCUCCUGGGAGCCCAGGAUAUAGCCACUCACAAGGUUCAUUUUCAUCUCCCAGACGUCCUAGAAUAUGUUUUGACAUGGAUUUAGAGCAAAUUAAAGCAAAGGAAGAUGGUGGAGAACGUAUCAGACUCCUUCAAGACAAAAUUAACGAAAUGAGGAAAAUUUAUAGUUCUCUUAAAGCUGAGGUUGCUAACAUUGACAGAAAACGGAAAAGGCUAAAAAAGAAAAGAGAAGCAGUGGGAGUUGAACAGGCUCAGGAUGUAAAUAAGUCAAUGCCAUCAUCAUCAGCAUCACAUGCAGUCCCAUCUCCAGCCAUACCACCUGUAGAAUGUAGAUAACAAGGGAAUUUCAUUGUUGGUAUUUUUCCUUGAUUACUUGUCAUCCUCUCUUCUAUGAUAGAAUUUCAACGAAGUGCAUUAACUUGUAAUUCGUUUUAGAAGUGUCUGUACCAACAAAAUCAAAGAUGUCGCUUAUUAGUGAGUAGAGCCUCUAAGAGCAUGGUGGAAGUUGGUAUCAUUUUGACAUUGUUGUUACCAGUGCAUCCAUGGUUUUCUCUCUGGUGAAUAACUUUCUUUUUUUAGAACCAAUGAGUAAGUGUAGACAUCCAAAUUAUAACACCCCAGAUAGAGCAUUGUGAUACAACCACCUUCAUCCCUUUCCCCCUCCAUCUGGGGAAGUAAACCUGAUAUAUUUACAUCAAUAGGAAUUAUGAGACUUGAAAUCAAGCAAUCUUAUUAGGAUCAAUAUCAGUAUUUAGGCAACUGCCCCCCUAUACCUCCCCCAACUCAACAACAAUUAAUUGAUAACAAGUUUGGGUUAAUGUUGGAUUAGGGGAGGGGUAGGUGGGCAGUUGCCCAGAUACUGAUAUUGAUCCUCUUAUUUAAUAUGGAUUUUCAAUAAAUAUUCUUAACUAUCAAACAAGAUAAGUUGAUAACGGUUGAUCAUUAUAAUUGUUUUACAUGCACAUGUAAUGAUGAUGAUGACAACCUGCUAAACUCACCUUUUUAUUUGUACAAUACUUCAAUGUCUCUGGUGCCCUCAACCUGUGGACAUUUUGAAUGAUGUAAACUUCAUGUGCAGUUGUAGACAUAUAGAGAUAUUAAAGUAUUCCAAAUAAGAGUUUUGAUUAUAAUGCACUCCUGUAUUUGAAUUAACGUGCGUUUAUUUUAACUCCGAAGUCGUCGACAAAAUCCAGUCCUCUUUUCGUUGAUAAUCAGUUCAUCCUGCUACUUAACACUUUAUUUGAGAUGGCCCUUACCAAGUGGUUUUCUAAUUACUAAAUAUUAAUUUCAAUUCAGGUGCAAUAUUUUUUUUCAUCUUAAUAUCUCUGCCGCAGUAAUUUUUAAGGGCAGCGGCUUAACUUUUGAAAACCGUUUGCCUACUUCUGAGAGGUGGAGAGUGAGUCUUGUUUUUAUCUCAAGAAUAUGAUAUUUUUGGAAUUGGAAAGGUCACUUUAGUUUUGCGUGUUGAAAGAUAUCUUUUGCCUUGUGGGAAGUGGUCAUGAGAUUGUGGACUGCUCAAAGAGGGAGUGACAAUAAUCAAACACUCUUCAUAAUAGUUACUUUUAGAUUGUGUGUAAGUAAUCAUUAUGUCUUAUAAUAACUUGCAAAAAAAUAUCAGUUAGGUACAUAUAUUAUGGAGAUGUAUUUAUGAAGGCCUUUAGUGUGUUAUUUUACAUUUCGAAUUACCACGGGCUUCUUCACGCACAAAAAAAGUGUAUGAAGCAAAGAAAUAGUAUUUAAACUUUUUCAAGUUGUUUGGGAAAUUAAGUUUAUUGAAUUAAUGUUUCUGUAUGUAAAAAUUGUAUAUUUUGUUUAUUUUUGGUUAUUUUAUUGUUAACAACUCUGAUUAUGUCGGUUUUUAACUGAUUUAAUACAUGUUUUUAUUUGUCAGUUAUCAAGCAGAUGAAUAAGAUUUAACCAUUUAAGUUACGUCUUUUUUUUCUUCUCUUUGGAAGACAAAGAACCAGUUCUUACCUUCGAUUUUCCCGUUUCAUAUUUUUCGUUGGAUAUACUAAAGGUCUUCUAAAGCAUUUGUUCUUCUUUUCUUUUUUUUUUUUGGCACUUAGUGCUCAUCAUAAGUUUUAGGUCCCUUUUUUAUUGUUUUCUUGUUACGAUCCUUCGAGUCCCCUCAUGUUUCUGUCCGCCCAAACAGGAUACUCGAUUUUAAGAAAAAUCGGCUGAUGAGUAUUGAUUCUAAGCAACUUGUAGUUAUUGAAAUUAAAAAAUUGGUUUCUCGAUAAACUACAAUUACUUUGGGGAGUAAAUGUCAGAACGAGUAGAUAAAACGUUUUUAACAUGCCUCUUUCGCAUUCUUUCACUCAAUGCUUCCAUUUUGUAGAACCAAGUGCUUGCUUAGUUUGUUGGUAUCAGGCAGUGGAUAAAGUAGUAAAUGUGUUUGUAACACUUUUUAGCUUUUUAUUUUCUGAUGUGUUUUAACAGUACCUUUCUCUAAUUUAUUCUGUCAAGAUUGUGAAUAAAGACUUCCUUGAUGUGGAAGUGAUGGGCAUAUU